ACCUUAGUGGAAUUGCUAUUGGUGCCACUGUGCGGCGCCGCAGCCGCAACAAAAGCGCAGCCAGAACUUGGUCAAGUGGCCGCCAGUAGCUUGGCUUGGGCUGUAAACGGGUUUCAGUCAGGUUUUACGAUUCAACGGCAACGUACGGCGCAAGUUGAAGACGAAGAAGCAGACACAUAACACUCGCUGCAUAAUUGGAAAAAAUUAAGAUACAACUGCAACAUCAAUAACACGAUACAAACGUUGACAAUUAUGAUGCUGAUGAGACGUCGUGUAUUCGGGAUGAGGGCAGCUCAGUUACUACUUCUGCUGCUCUGUAUAGGUCAGCUGCAGGGGGCGGCGAUAAUCUGCGGCAGCAACGGGAAUCCGAGUGGCGCCGCGAAGGCAUCGUCUACCGGUGAUGUGGACGGUGAGAGCACCACCGUGGCAUCCGCUACCAAGCCAUCAAGUGAAGUGAAUCAGUUUCUGCACAAUGUGCAGUGCACCCUGGAGAAGGCCAAGCCCUGGAUUGAGGAUUUGGAGAAGGAAGCCAAGCGCUUAGAGGAGACAGCCAAGCGGGUGGGAUUGAGUAUUAUCAAUCGCUUUGGGGAUCUGAUGGACACACUCCUGGGUGCGGCCAACAAACGCCCAACAUUGUCGGCAAACGGAACUAGCACCAGCACCAGCACAAGCUCCAGCUCCAGCCCCAACCCAAGUGAAGAUAAAAGUGAUUGUGGCACCUCCACUGAGGCGCAUGUGGAGCAGAUGAUGGUCACGGCUCAGUCCCCACCACCACUGCCACCACUGAUCAGUCUGGACGAUGCCAACGAUUCCGACAACGAAAUUUCCAUUGUUGAGCCAGCAGAAGCCGAAACGAGGUUGAAGUAA